AUGUCGUCCUCUGCGUAUUUGCCCGUGUUCGACUGGCGGCUCGCGACUGUCCUGCCUUUGACGUACUACAUGACGAUGCAGCGACACUGCCCGCGCAACCACGACGCUCGCAGGGUUGCCGUCCACAAUCUGGGCAUUCUGGUUCUGUGUGCAGGCCUCACCCGGGAUGAUACCGCCGCCGUACUUUACCCAAAAUCAAGGGCUGCUUGCGACCUCGAUGCAGACGUCGUUCUGGCCGCAACUAGCGACGGCGCAGAGUUGGACGAUGGUGUCGCGGGACGGAAGCUCUACCGGGAUGUAAGUCAAAGCACAGGGGAGAAGGGACUAGGAAACGGCCUCGCAGCUUCGAAGAAGAGUACAAGGUGCAGAAAUAAGAUAAGUUCUAAGAGGGCAGAGCGGAGGUUAAGUUACCAUACCAAGAUUAAUCGGAUGCCUGUGCCUACUCAGCAGACAUCAUUCAAAGGUCAUGAAGAUGUCUGGAAGUCCAGCCAAUCAUAUCAUGUCGUCUGUGACCUGGAUGUUAAGACCGUCACUAAAGGACUGACUCGUGAGCAGUAG